AUGGCGCCCACUGAACUUGGGGGGCCCCCCAGCCCCUGCCGGGCCAUCGACGGCGCCUUCUCGGGGCCCCCAGACGGCAAAGAGGGGCCCCGGGGGGCCCCUGCGGCCCCCGGCGGGGGGGCCCCCCUGGGGGCCCCCCUGGGGGCCCCCGACGGGGCCCCUGGGGGGGGCCCCCCGGGGGCCCCCCCGCUGCCGUCUGAGGGCAUUAUUAGGAUCUGCGCAUGCAGCUUGAACCAGUGGGCCCUGGACUUCGAGGGGAACUUCGAAAGAAUUGCAGAAAGUAUAAAAGUGGCGAAGCAGCAGGGCGCGAGGUACCGGCUGGGUGAGGCCACCCUGCAGCAGCAGCAGCAGCAGCAGCAGCAGCAGCAGCAGCGGCAGCAGCAGCUGCAGCGGUAG